CCCACGGACACAAAAAUCAAGGCAUUGAAACAAGCACCCAUUCCCCGGAAUGUUACUCAGCUGAAGGCAUUUCUAGGCCUCCUGAAUUAUUAUGGCAAGUUUGUGCCUAAUCUCUCUACUCUGCUCGCCCCCCUUCACACGUUACUAUACGGAAGGCUACUGCCUGGAUUUGGGGCCCUGAUCAGCAGAAGGCGUUCGACCAGGCCAAGCAAACGUUGACGUCAGACAGAGUCUUAGCACACUAUGACCCAUCUCUACCUCUCAUCUUGGCAUGUGAUGCCUCGCCGUAUGGAGUUGGAGCUGUGCUCUCUCAUCGUUUCCCGGACGGCACCGAGAAACCUGUGGCCUUCAUAUCCCGCUCACUUGGUCCGGCUGAAAAGAAAUACUCCCAGCUGGACAAAGAGGGGUUAGCUAUUAUUUUUGGUGUUAAACGUCUCCACCAAUAUCUGGUUGGCAGACAGUUUACCAUAUUGUCUGACCACAAGCCCCUGCAGCACCUGUUCAAAGAGAACGCAGGUGUUCCUGUCCUGGCCUCAGCUCGACUUCAACGAUGGGCACUCAUCCUAGGCGCGUACAGCUACACGAUCGAGUACAAGCCAGGACCAGACCACCAAUGCUGAUGUCUUCAGUCGUCUCCCCCUCCCAGAAUAUGCUACCGAAGUACCGACCCCUAGAGAGAAUAUCCUGGCUAUCAGCAUGCUGGAAUCCCUACCAGUCACGGCAAAAGAAAUCACAUUCUGGACAGAGAAGGAUCCGGUCCUCUCUCGAGUUCGCCGUAUGCUUGCUUCUGGCUGGAGAGACAACACCGACGCAGAACUCAAACCCUACCAGCAACGACACACUCAACUUAGCCUCCACGAUGGUUGUGUCAUGUGGGGAAGUCGCGUGGUUAUCCCACCUCCAGGAAGGGAGAGAAUUCUCAAGGAACUUCAUGAAGGACACCCGGGCAUCUCGAAAAUGAAGAGUCUCGCCCGAUGUUUUGUAUGGUGGCCCGGAAUGGACAAAGCACUCGAAGAGAAAGUCAAGCUGUGUGACGCCUGCCAGCGAACCAGGAAACUCCCUCCAGUGGCACCGAUUCAACCCUGGGAAUGGCCAGAACGCCCCUGGGCUAGGCUGCACAUCGACUACGCUGGCCCUCUUCUCGGACACAUGUUCUUGGUCGUAGUAGACGCCCACUCGAAGUGGAUGGAGGUGAAAGCUGUACGGCACGCUACCACGGCUACUACCCUCACUGAACUCAGGUCAAUCUUCGCGACUCACAGCAUACCUGAAUUGCUCGUGUCAGACAACGGAUCAGUAUUCACCAGUGCUGAAUUCAAGGACUUUGUAAAAACACAAGGAAUUCGACACACUACCUCAGCACCAUACCACCCCUCAACAAAUGGAUUGGCAGAACGAGCCGUCCAAACCUUCAAGGCUUACAUGAAGAAAGCCCCUGAUGCCCCACUCAGAGACAACCUAUCUCAGUUUCUGUUUCAGUACAGAAUGACGCCGCACUCCACAACAGGCAUCUCCCCAUCUGAGCUACUACUGAAUCGCCGACCUCGCUCUAAGCUUGACCUAGCUAUUCCGAACCUGACUCAGAAAGUUCGCGCAAAACAGCUGAAGCAAAAGAUUGGUCAUGAUCAGCAUGCUGUGGCUCGGAAGUUCGAUGUUGGAGACAAUGUCUAUGUUUGUGAUCUGCCCUCCAAGAAGGACUGGGUUCCCGGCACAAUUGAAAGUACAGCUGGCCCUCUGUCUUUCAACGUUACCCUGAUGACUGGUCAGACGUUUCGUCGACACGCAGAUCAUCUUCGCCCCCGCUCUACAGUCGAACAACAACCCCUGACUGAUUGGACCGAUAUACCGGAACUAGAUCAUGAUACCGAAACACCCGACUUGAACUCUGAACAAUCACCACCACCACCAACUGGCUCGACACUAGCAACUCCAAGUGUUCGUCAGUCAGCUCGAGCGACAACCGCUCCAGACUACCUUGUGGACCAUUACUAGUUUGUAGUGAGUUAUUAUAUGUUGCUGUAACGCUUCCAUCUAGUAGGGGAGGAAGUGUAGUAAUGUGCAUAGUGUUUACCUUUAGUUGUGUUAAUUAACUCAUUUCCUGUGGUUAACUUUACUUCCUGUAUUGUACUUUCCUGUUAUUGUGGUUUCUGUUCGUUAGUAGGUUCUUUCUGUAUAGUUGUUCUUUGUUCCCUUUGUGCCUAGCUAUAGGGGCCCGCUCCAGGCGGCUCUUUGUGUAUGGGAGCCUCUGCUCCACUGCCUUUUGUCUUGUACAUACUUAUACCUUUGUUCUUGUGCAAAUGUCUGCAUGAACCUGCGACAUAACAGGAGUACUAAAUGGAGUUUAUAUUUCAAUGCCUCCAAGUGUAUUUUGAUGCAGUUCCAUCGUGCUAAUCACUCCGUUUUAGACUUUAACUACAAGUUAGGCGACCAGACUAUUUCAUCUAAAACUACCCUUAAAGACCUAGGACUAAUUCUUCACAACAACCUUAACUGGACAAAUCACUAUGAGCACAUCUGCUCAGCGGCAUAUCGUAUCUUGGGUUUGCUAAAGCGUACAUUUUCAUCAACCUCAACAGUUUCAGUGAAAAAGAAAUUAUUUAUUUCCCUCGUUCGAUCACAAUUAUCGUAUUGUUCUCAGAUAUGGCGACCUGCUCUGAUCAAAGACAUCCGCAAACUAGAAACAGUACAGAGAAGGACAACCAAGUUUAUUAUUGGAAACUCAAUGGACUACAGAAAUCGCCUGAUAAAGCUUGAAAUAAUGUAUUAUCUUGAAAUGGCAGACAUCAUGUUUCUAGUUAAUUCGCUAAAAAAACCCUCUGUGCGAUUCAACAUUUGUAGUUAUAUAAAUUUUCAAGAUAAUGCCAAUACCCGUUCGUCCAGCAAGUUAACUUUAAAGCAUGUCCUCUCUUCCUCACACCUACAAAGUCACUUCUAUUUUAACCGCUUACCAAAACUAUGGAACAAGCUACCUCCUAUUGACUUAACUCUAUCAUCAAAAUGUAUAAAACACGUCAUAUUUAAAUUUAUCUGGUCUCAUUUCAUAAAAAACUUCACAUCUGACAAUCCUUGCACCUACCAUUUUUCUUGCCCUUGUAAUAAAUGUUCAGCCAUGCCAUCAUCAUUGAGGCCCACUUAAUCACUGUUAAUUGUGUAUGUCUAUAAUUAUUAUUAUUGUAUUUUAUUGCUUACGGCUAACUGACAAGUUCAGUUUAGCCUUCAACUCACCCUUUUGUUAAAUCAUAACCCAUAAUUGCACUUCAUUA